AUGGCGAUGAAUCUGCCUCUUGACUACAAGCAGAGACACGUGCUGCAGCAUUUUUACUUCACUCGUGGAUGUCAUUAUUGGGAGGUGAUAGUGGAGCGUAUGGACGAUCUGCGAGGCGUCGUUGUUGGAGUAGCGUCGUCUGAGACAUUCGAGACUGGAGCUUCCGAGGACGUGGGUGGAGACGUCGCUACUGAUUUUAUCGUGAAUAGCGGCGUCGAAAUCUGCACAGCUCACGCUAUUGAUGGGGGAGACACUGUGGGUGUGUAUCUGGACGUGAGCGCACGCGAGGUUGCGUUCUUUCGGAACGACGAAGCACAGCAUAGUCUGCGAGAAGCGGAGGGAGAAGAGACUGUCAAUGAUGAGACGGAAGUCAGUCGUGUUGUCGCAGCUGGAGAUGAAGCGAGGGAGCUGAGGACGAACAGAACGUUUGUGAGCACGAAAAGAAUCUCGUGGCAUUCGUUUUAA